AUGCAUCAGGUGACGGACCGGUUUGUGCGGAAGAUGCUGGCAGAGGGAACCACGGGCCCCAAUGCUUCAACCAAUCAGCGCUUCUGUGUCUUCUCUCAACCACUGCCCGUUCCUCCUCACCCGCCCCCGCCCCACCUCAGGUUAUUCAUCAACCACUUCCCGUUCCUCCUCACCCGCCCUCACCCCCCUCCUCAGGUGACGGACCGGUUCGUGCGGAAGAUGCUGGCAGAGGAAGCAGGCGAGAACGAGCGGAAGCGAGAGGGAAAGAAGGGGAAGGGGAGAGGGGGGCGCAGGGAGCAUUCCAGAAAUCGAGCAGGAUCAGCGGGGGGAGCAGGGGCAGGCGCAGAUGGAGGCAGCGUUUCGUCUGCACUGCUGCAUGCUCCUCCGCCACUCCCUCCCAGCCUGAAUCCGCUGUUCUUCGGCUCUGCUGUAACUGCCCCUUCUGUGGCUGAUUCGGCUGUUGCUUCGGGUUCUGGUGGUGCUGCUAUCGCUGGAGUGGGGUUUGCUGCAGAGCCAGAGGCGGCGUACAGAGUGCAGCGGAGAAAGGAGGAGCUGGCGGACUUGGAGAAGACUCUGGAGCAAGUGAAGUCUCUACGGGCCGACAUUGCUCGUGAGCGGCAGGAGGAGGGUGCCCGUGCCACCAACAUGGCGCAAGCACUGCAGGCACAGCAGUUCAGACCACCGUCUCGGGAAGUGCCUUGUCAAGCUGAGAGGGAAGAAUGCCUAAGAUGCUACACUAAAUACAUAAAGGAUCCGCUCUCUUGUUCUAGCGUGGUGAACAAGUUUGUUGAGUGUUCACGACAAGCUCAACAGGCAUUCUUGGCUUCUGAAGGCCGACAAUACUAG